AUGGCGACUCCCAGUCCUGACAGUAACUCCACAAGCUCCAGCAACAGCAGCAGCAGCAUCGUGGGAUCCACGUCGCACCAGUUCCACCAGCAGACACAGAGCAGCAGCAUGCAAGAAACCAACACCUGCUGGAGAUGUCAGAAUGAAACAGGUAAACGUAAAGCUCUGAAGCUGAAUUUCGCCAACCCUCCAGUGAAGCCGACCUCCAGGCUCCCGAUCAAUCCGACGCCUCCCUCCUUCCAAAACCCUCACAUAGAGCGUCUGCGGACACACAGCAUGGAGUCGUCGGGGAAGCUGAAGAUCUCCCCGGAGCAGCACUGCGACUUCACGGCGGAGGACCUGAGGGACCUCGGGGAGAUCGGGCGCGGAGCGUACGGCUCCGUCAACAAGAUGGUCCACAAGCCCACGGGCCAGAUCAUGGCUGUCAAGAGGAUUCGCUCCACUGUGGACGAGAAGGAGCAGAAGCAGCUGCUGAUGGACCUGGACGUGGUGAUGAGGAGCAGCGACUGUCCCUACAUCGUUCAGUUCUACGGCGCCCUCUUCAGAGAGGGCGACUGUUGGAUCUGUAUGGAACUAAUGUCUACCUCAUUAGACAAAUUCUACAAAUAUGUAUAUUGUGCAUUAGAUGACGUCAUUCCAGAGGAAAUAUUAGGCAAAAUAACAUUAGCGACGGUUAAAGCACUGAACCACUUAAAAGAAAACUUGAAAAUAAUUCACAGAGACAUCAAACCUUCCAACAUUCUUAUGGACCGAAAGGGAAACAUCAAGCUGUGUGACUUCGGCAUCAGCGGUCAGCUGGUGGACUCCAUAGCCAAGACCAGAGAUGCAGGCUGCAGGCCGUACAUGGCACCGGAGAGGAUAGACCCCAGCGCUUCCAGACAGGGCUACGACGUCCGGUCCGACGUGUGGAGUCUGGGAAUCACCCUGUACGAGCUCGCCACAGGAAGAUUCCCGUACCCUAAGUGGAAUAGUGUUUUUGAUCAGCUGACUCAGGUGGUGAAAGGAGAACCUCCUCAGCUCAGCAACUCAGAGGAGAGACAGUUCUCCCCCAAGUUCAUCAACUUCGUCAACCUAUGCCUUACAAAGGAUGAAUCAAAAAGGCCAAAGUACAAGGAGCUUCUGAAACACCCCUUUAUUCUGAUGUAUGAGGAGCGAUUCGUGGACGUCGCCAGCUACGUGUGUCGCAUCCUGGAUCAGAUCCCUGCCUCUCCCAUCUCUCCUAUGUAUGUGGACUGACUGAGUUAGGGCUAGGUGAGAGGGGGGGGGGGUCACCCAUCACACAGUGGGUGGGACACUA